AUGGAUCGUUUGAACGGGAAAGAUUGUUGGGAUAUUCCUACAUAUUCACCUUCAGAAGAAGAAUUCGUCGAUCCAAUAAAGUUUAUUCAGCAAAUAUAUCAAUUUGCUUCGCAAUAUGGGAUCUGCAAAAUACGACCUCCAAAUUCUUGGAAGCCACCGUUUGCUGCUAAUGAUAUGAAAUUUACUUUUACUCCUCGCAUUCAAAAACUCUCGGAUGUUUCAGCAAGCAAUCGUGAGAGGAGCAACUUUAAUGUUGUGGUCUAUGAUCAAUACGUAAAAGGAAAAAGGUUGGAUCUCUUUAGUCUCUACAAAUGCGUUAAACAGCUCAGUGGUUACGAUAAUGUAUGCAAACAAAAUUGUUGGAAAGAUAUUUGCCAGAAACUGGGUUUCGACACAUAUCCUGCCAUUGCCUCUUCUAUUAGUACAAAAUACCGUAAAAUACUGCUUCCAUUUGAAAAGUUUGAAAACGCCAAAUCCAAAACGAACUUAGUUUGUGAAGAUUCACACAAUGAUAAUUCUGCUGAUGAUAAAACCAACUAUUUCGCUUGCAAGAAGUGCAACAAAGUUGAUAAACCUGAUUUAAUGCUGAUUUGUGCAGAGUGUUGUUUUAAUGGUGUCUAUCACACCUAUUGCCUUGAUAUGCCUCUUUCAUACGUCCCUAAAAGAUGGCUUUGCCCCAAUUGCUUCACGAAACAAUUCAAUAAAAAGAAUGGAGAUGGAGAGUAUGGUUUUCUCAGCUCAAAAAAUACCUAUACUCUCCGUAAGUUCUCCAAUAUGGCAUUAAAUUUCAAGAAAUCAUACUUUAAUAAGCCCCUAACUUCCAUAACAUUAGCGGAAGUUCGCGAUGAAUUUUGGAAGUUAGUUGGAGAAGAGGACUGUGAAGUCACCGUUGAAUAUGGUGCUGAUCUACAUUCCUCUAAAACAGGCUCAGGUUUUCCUACGAAUUCAAACAACAAGAGAGUUCAAGAAUACUGUUCCUCUCCCUGGAAUUUAAACAACUUUGCUAAGAAUCCCCUAUCUGCACUUCGAUAUCUUCCUAAUGACAUAUCUGGAAUGAAGGUCCCAUGGUGCUAUGUCGGAAUGGUUUUCUCUUGCUUUUGUUGGCAUACUGAAGAUCAUUGGAGCUUUUCCAUCAACUACCUCCAUGAAGGAGAACCGAAAACAUGGUAUGCUGUUCCGGGAGCCUAUGCAGACGCCUUUGAGAGGGCAAUGCAAACUGAAGCUUCUGAAUUAUUCGCCAUAUCGCCAGACUUGUUACACCAUAUGACCACAAUGGUGCCUCCAGAGCGAUUGCGAGCCCUAGGUGUGCCCGUCUACACUACUGAUCAACUUGUUGGGGAAUUUGUUGUCACUUUCCCACGGGCUUAUCAUGCUGGUUUUAACAAUGGAUACAAUUUUGCUGAAGCUGUCAACUUCUGUCCAGCUGAAUGGUUUCCUUUCGGAUUUGAUUGUGUGGAUCACUAUGCCCUUCUCCACCGACCCCCUGUCUUCUCUCACGCCGAAUUGCUUUGUCGUCUGGCCCAGGAUUCAAGUUUAGACAGUAGUGUUGGUGAUGGUAAAGACCAAAAACUAGCUCCGAUAACUUUCCUUCUCUCAGCCGCCGAACAAUUUACCGCUUUGCUUGCCAAAGAACGCACACUACGCAGUCAUCUUCUCCACGAGGGUGUUCAACAUACUAUAAGACGCAUUCCGCAACAAUCGGAAGGAGGUUUUUCGUCAAUGGAUGAAGAGGUUUGUCAGGAGUGUCAAUUAUGCAAAACAACCCUUUUUACAUCGGCUCUUACUUGCUCCUGCUCGAAGAGUAAGUUGUGCUUCCUGUCGUAG